UGAAACUCUCUCACUGUAGUGACGCUCACAGCAUUCAUCUUGUUUAUCUUCCUCGUAAUGAAUUCCAGUUGACUUUACGAACAUAUUCUUAAUUUUCGUUCAAUCGCUAUAAUUCAUUUUAUAUUAUUGAGUUAUUAAGGGCUCUAGAGCGUGUUUGUGUCUCACAGUAGUUGUUAAUAAGAGUGUUUUGGCCGGGCAGCAGGCCUGAGCACAAACACACACAAAUAUAUUUCAGAUUGCACACAUUUCUUCUUCUCUUUUUUUCCCCUCAAGAGUUUAGUGUAUUUAUUUAUAUUGUGUAAACAAUUAUGGCUGUUGUCAACGAAGGAGCUCUUAAAAAGAUGCUGAAGCAAUACAAAUACAGAGAUCUCACUGUCCGGGAGAUAACAAAUGUCAUCUCUCAGUACAAAGAUCUUAAACCUGUGAUGGAUGCUUACGUGUUUAAUGACGGCUCCUCCAGAGACUUAAUGAGCCUUACAGGAACUGUACCUGUUAGUUAUAGAGGGAAUGUGUACAACAUUCCCGUGUGCCUGUGGCUGUUGGACACGUAUCCCUACAAUCCUCCUAUUUGUUUCGUGAAGCCCACCAGCGCGAUGAUGAUAAAGACUGGCAAACACAUUGAUGCCAACGGCAAGAUCUAUCUGCCUUAUCUGCAUGAGUGGAAACAUCCUCAGUCAGAUCUGUAUGGGCUCAUCCAGGUGAUGAUUGUUGUGUUUGGUGAGGAGCCCCCCGUGUUCUCCAGACCCACUACACAACCUCCAUACCAGGCCUUCCAGGCAGCCGGACCACCCAACCAGUCCUAUAUGCCUGGAAUGCCUGCAGUAUCUCCCUACGGGCCAAACCCAAACCCAUGUGGUUAUCCAGGUUAUCCUUAUCCAGGAGGGAAUGCUUAUCCUGCCACAGGUGGUUCAGCACACUACACUUCUCAGACCCCUGUCACGACUGUGGGACCUAGUCGUGAUGGUACCAUCGGUGAGGACACCAUCCGAGCAUCACUGAUCUCAGCUGUGAGCGAUAAACUGCGCUGGAGAAUGAAAGAAGAGAUGGACAGAGCACAGGCCGAGCUGGACGCUCUGAAGAGGACAGAGGAAGACCUGAAGAAAGGACACCAGAAGCUAGAGGACAUGGUGUCUCGCCUGGACCAGGAAGUGGCUGAGGUGGACAGAAACAUUGAGCUCUUGAAGAAGAAGGACGAGGAACUGAGUGAAGCUCUAGAGAAGAUGGAGAACCAGUCGGAAAACAAUGACAUUGAUGAUGUGAUCAUCCCCACAGCUCCACUCUACAAACAGAUCCUGAACUUGUACGCAGAGGAGAACGCCAUCGAAGACACCAUCUUUUACCUGGGAGAAGCCCUGCGUAGAGGUGUCAUCGACCUGGAGGUCUUUCUCAAGCAUGUGCGACUGCUGUCCCGAAAACAGUUCCAGCUGCGAGCGCUCAUGCAGAAAGCACGGAAGACCGCUGGACUCAGUGACCUUUACUGACCCUGCUGCCACCAGUAUCCCCCACCCCACACACACACACUUCAGCUCUGAUCACAUGACCCACACUCUCUCCAGUCUUCUCGCUUUCUGUGUUAUUUCAGUGAGAGUUUACAGAUUUUUAGUUCUGUGGGAAUUUUAGAUAUCCACCUGAUUUUAUUUUAUUGAUUAAAUAAAGCAUUUGUGUAAAUGCAGAUCAGGUACGCUAUUUGAAAAUGACCUAAGCAUUCGAUUUAAAGAAGAUGUCACCUCACGAAAACAUGUCUGGGUUAUAUUUCACCCCACAAUCAAAAGACCAAAAAAUUAUAAAUUAUAUUUUGCGUAAAAACAAUGAAGACUAUUUUUAGGACCAUUAUGAUAGUUUUUGCAUUGUGACAUGAUUUUCAUGACAAUUUGGCACGUGUCAAGACAUUUUACAUUUGCUGUUGUUUUUUGUUGUUGUUGUUUAGUUCCCAUUAAUAUUAAUGGCGAUUCUAGUAAAUAAAAAAUACAGUAUAUGUUUUACUGUAUAAAUCAGCAUAAAUUAAAAAUACUUUAAAUACUACCACAUGUAUAAAUCUUUUAAGUAACAAUUUUUUCACAUUACGAUCAUGAGAAAGAGACGUGUUGCAAUGCAAAACAUCUUAAUGGUUCUAGAAACAACCUUCAUUUUGUAAAUAAAAAAUAUGACCUGGAUCUGUUCUUGACAGGUUUUGUGUACAGUAUAGAUCAUGUUCUUGCUUUCAUUUGAGCUUAUGUUAAACUGGCAUGUGUUUCGGUCUAUUGGCUAUUGAUACUACGACUGCUAUGAUAACUUUAUCACAUGAAUUGUGACCUCUCAAAAUUUGUCUUUAGAGAGAGAGAAUACAAGAAAAUUGCCCUCUUACAUGUGGAUAGUGACUUCGAUUUUCAUUCAGACGCUGUUACAAGGUGAAAUUGACGAGGAUGACGACGUGGUUCCGUAUUUCAGUUUUAUUACAUUUAUUUUGCUGACUUAUGUUUAAUAUUGACCUAUUCUCAGCAAAGUUUGGCAAUAUUUACAGUUCCAGAUUUAUUAAGUAAAUGCAAAUCAUUUAGCUGUAUACAAAGAAUAGUUUGUGACUAAUAAUUUGUAUUUUUAAGACAGAAAAGCUACAAAACGUACUGUUAUUUCGAUUUUUGGCAAAUGCAUUUCAAAAUUAACCACAUUCUUUAGUUUUGUGGGUAUCUUAUUUGUUGCAUUUCAGUCAGUUUUAGUGCACUUUUGGGAUGUGAAUUUCAUUUUUAAGACCUGAGUUGCUCUUUCAAGGGAGAUGUUGCCUAAUCUGCUAAUAUUUGUUCUUAUUUAAGUCUGUUGGUUAUUAUGUCUCCGAGAUCAAUAAAAGAAUAUGAUCUU